AUGUCAGUCUUUAGCACCUCGGAAGUGGUGUCUACCUUCUUCCUCAUUGGGAUCCCAGGCAUGGAGCAUGCUCACAUUUGGGUCUCCAUCCCCAUUUGCCUCAUGUACCUCCUUGCCAUCUUGGGGAACUGCACCAUCCUCUUUCUCAUAAAAACAGAGACCUCUCUGCAUGAACCUAUGUAUUAUUUCCUCUCCAUGCUGGUUUCUGACCUGGGACUGUCCAUCUCUUCCCUUCCAACCAUGCUGAGAACCUUCUUGUUCAAUGCCACUGGAAUUUAUCCUGAUGCCUGCUUUGCCCAGGAGUUCUUCAUUCAUGGAUUCUCAGCUAUGGAGUCAUCAGUACUUUUCAUCAUGUGCAUGGACCGUUUGAUAGCCAUCUACAGUCGUCUCAGAUAUACCUCCAUCCUGACCAGUGCCAGAGUCUUUAAAAUUGGCCUUGUAUCUGCUAUUAAAAGUAUCUCAUUGGUCUUCCCUUUCCCCUUUAUUCUAAAGAGACUGAAAUUCUGUAGGGAAAGCCUUCUAUCCCACUCCUACUGCCUCCACCAGGAUGUCAUGAAGCUGGCCUGUUCUGACAACAGGGUCAAUGUCAUCUAUGGACUGUUUGUGACCCUAACUGCUAUGUUAGACUUGGUGUGCAUUUCUGUGUCUUACACGUGGAUCCUGAAGAUUGUUCUGGGCGUUGCCUCACACAAGGGCCACCUCAAGGUCCUCAACACUUGCAUCUCCCACAUCUGUGCUGUGCUCAUCUUCUAUGUGCCUGUCAUCACCAUGGCUAUUAUUCACCAUUUUGCCAAAAAUGCUUCCCCAGUUGUUAGAGUCAUCGUAGCUGAUACCUUCCUUCUGGUUCCCCCUCUAAUGAAUCCCAUCGUGUACUGUGUGAAAACCAGGCAAAUUAGAGUGAGAGUUCUAGCAAAAUUAUGUCAGAAGUAG